CUCUAGGAUUUUUGAGCCAUUCUGGAAAAAGAUCCUUUCUUCAUCUUGUCUAAUUUCUGACUUUUUCCCAUAGCAAGAACAGAACUUUCAACAACUUCUCUGAUUCCUUCUAUAUUAGAGUUUUUUCUACAUGAAACUAGACAACCCUGCACAUAUAUAUAGAAGCACAAACUUGUAUACAAAAGCACAUAUGAAUUGCGUUAUAUCUAGCAUGGGAAUUUCUUCACUUUGUAAAGCUUUAAUUCUCUUAGAGCUGAUCUUGCUUCCUCUCUUUGCAUCAUCUGAUACAAAAACUCUGCAUGAAAGUUCAGAUUCUUCUUCAUUUCCUGCCAACUUUCUCUUUGGGACUGCCUCCUCUUCUUAUCAGUUUGAAGGAGCUUACCUGAGUGAUGGAAAAGGUUUGAGCAACUGGGAUGUCCAUUCACAUAAACCAGGAAACAUAAUUGAUGGAAGCAAUGGAGAUAUCGCCGUCGACCAAUAUCAUCGGUAUCUGGAAGACAUUGAUCUAAUGGCCUCCCUCGGGGUCAACAGCUAUAGGUUUUCGAUGUCAUGGGCACGAAUUCUACCCAAAGGGAGAUUUGGAGGUGUCAAUAUGGCUGGUAUUAGCUACUAUAACAAGCUGAUCAAUGCUCUCCUACUUAAAGGGAUUCAACCAUUUGUGUCAUUGACUCAUUUUGAUGUGCCUCAAGAGCUUGAGGAUAGAUAUGGGGGUUUUCUAAGUCCUAAAUCCCAAGAGGAUUUCGGAUAUUAUGUAGACAUCUGUUUCAAGUACUUCGGAGACCGAGUGAAGUACUGGGCCACCUUCAAUGAGCCAAAUUUUCAAGCCAUUUAUGGUUAUCGUGUAGGUGAAUACCCACCAAAACGCUGCUCAAAGCCUUUCGGAAAUUGCAGUCAUGGGGACUCAGAGAGGGAGCCCUUUAUUGCGGCGCAUAACAUAAUCUUAGCUCAUGCAACUGCAGUUGAUAUUUACAGAACCAAAUACCAGACAGAGCAAAGAGGCAGCAUUGGUAUUGUCAUGCAUUGCAUGUGGUAUGAACCUAUUAGCAAUUCAACAGCAAACAAGUUAGCAGUUGAAAGAGCUCAAGCCUUCUUCUUGCGUUGGUUCUUGGACCCACUCAUAUUUGGAAGAUAUCCUGAAGAAAUGAAAAAAGUUCUGGGAUCUACUCUACCUGAAUUUUCAAAAAAUGACAUGAAUAAAUUGAGGAAGGGACUGGAUUUUAUCGGCAUGAAUCAUUACACCAGUUACUACGUUCAAGAUUGCAUCUUGUCCGUGUGUGAACCUGGAAAAGGAAGCACGAGGACAGAAGGUUCCACUCUAUUAACUCAAGAAAAAGAUGGAGUUCCCAUUGGCAAACCUAGUGAAGUGGAUUGGCUACAUGUUUAUCCACAAGGAAUGGAAAAGAUGGUUACCUAUGUAAAGGAGAGAUACAAUAACAUACCCAUGAUCAUCACAGAAAAUGGGUAUUCCCAAGUGAGCAAUUCAAACGGAAACAUUGAAGAAUUCCUUCAUGAUACGGGAAGGGUGGAAUACAUGUCUGGCUAUUUGGAUGCCUUGCUGACAGCAAUGAAGAAAGGAGCAGAUGUGAGGGGCUAUUUUGCCUGGUCCUUCCUUGAUAAUUUUGAGUGGACAUUCGGUUAUACAAGAAGAUUUGGACUUUACCAUGUUGAUUACACCACAAUGAAGCGAACUCCAAGAUUAUCAGCAACUUGGUACAAAGAAUUUAUUGCAAGGUAUAAGGUAGACAAAUCCCAGAUGUGAGAAGUGAAGACUGUACUCCAGAAGAAAACAGAGUAGUGUACUUUCUGCUAAAUUGUACAUUUAAUGAUAUUCAAGCAUUCUUAAACCAA